AUGGCGGAGAAUAGUGACGACACUGGGCGAACGAAAGCUACCGAUACUGACACCACUACCCCCUCUGAAAAGAGUGUGCGAAAAUCAGAUAAUGUGCGAUCCUCUAUCAAGAGGAUGCAGCCGAUUAACAUUGAUGCUAUUGAGGGUGCAAGUCAGUAUAAUUGUUUAAAACUUUAUCGAGGGAUAACAAAAGGACAAACAUUGAAUUUCGCAGCCACAAAGUCUAAAGUUGACGAUGACGAUUGCAACAAAGCUACCUGUAGGUAUUGCGACAGCACUAAAACUGACUCAUCGAAUCGCAAGAAUGCUAAUAAUGCUAUAAUACAUUAUGAGAAGAAGCACGCCAAACAAUGGUACGACGAAGUUAGUAGACUAGUAUCUAAAGAGGUCAAAAAAGGGGCUAAGAAAGGCAGUCAUCAGAGUAUUGUAAAUUUUGAUUCAGCUAGCAAGUUACCACAAUUGAAAUUGUAA